AUGUCAAUAAUCGACUCCCGGUGGCGGCCAUGGGUGAUCUUCUCAAAAGUAGGCGAUUCGCCAGUGUUACAGACGACCAACCCAUUGCCAUACACUAGGUCGACCACGUCCCCACCCCUAGCAUUGGCGACUGGGCUGCCCCAAAUGGGAUGCCAACCGUUAAAGUCACCCCCAAUUUGUGUCAGUUUGUCCAGAGUGGCUGACUCAUCUCUGUCCGGUUCGAUGUAUACUGAUGCUAUGUAUAUAACACGAUUCCCAGCUGAGAGGCGAGCUACACAGAGAUUAGGUGUGGAGUAUUGUGUAAGCCCUAUUAUGGAGCCACACCCAGGCCUGACAAGAAUGCAGGCCUUAACCCUAGCAUCCGAUGAUGGGAACUUUAUAACUUGGACACCGUGA